UGUAGAGCUUGCUUCUGGGUAUGCAGCAAGACGCAGCUUGGUGCAAAUCUAUUUCUGUCGUCGUCUCUCUAUCAUGGCCCGUUACGAGUUCUUGCUCUCCCAACUGCUGCUGUACCUGCUGUUGCUGCUGCUGCUGCUGCUGACCUCAGCUGCUGCUCGAUCUCCUCACAGGCCAGCUGGACCGUGCGAUGCCUGGUGCGGAAACCCGCCCUUCCUUUUGUGCUGCGACAAUAGGUGUCCUGUCGACAUCCGUGCUGUGAGCGGUUGUGCUAGAAUCAGCAGGCAGGAAAAUAGAAAUUCUCCAUCUGGACCGCGGAGAUGCAGGCACAACAUUGAAUGCCCAGGUGACUCCCUAUGUUGUUGGGACAGCUGCGCUGGUUUCAGUAAAUGCAUAGACAACGUCUCUUACUCAAUAGCGAGUCUCCAGUAACGACGCAGCAGUUAUGUCUCCCCGACUGGCGAUGACCAAGGAAACAAGAGGGACGUCGAUGAUUUGCAGAGAUAUCUCACUAUGUUUGUAUUGCCUCUUUUUUUUCUCACUAUGUUUAUAUUGCCUCUUUUCAAGUGACUGUUGUCAUGUCAUUUUUUUGUUGACUUGCUGUUUGGCUUAUAUUGCAUACUUUGAACGUUGGUAACCAAUUUCUCUCUCUGUCUCUCUGUCCUCUCUCUCUCUCUCUCUCUCUCUCUCUCUGAUAUAUAUAUGUAUAUAUGUGUGUGCACUAGAUUCUUCUAAUAUUUUUCUAUAUUUUCCCUUGUGUCUAUGCAUUCCCGUUUAUUUUCACCAGCUGAUAUCGCACUGACGUAAAACUUUACUAAAACUUUGCUAAUGUAAAGAACACGACCAAAUGUUAGAUUUAUAAAAAAAAUAAAAAAAAAAACUAACCAAGAGUUUCCAAUAAUACUGCAAUCACUCUAAUAAAUCA